CGCAUCUCGGAGCAGGGCGGGAGGCGGAACGGGCUCCUCCUCGGGGCCGGCCUGGCUCGGGCAGCCGUGGGCAGAGCCAACCCGGAGGAGAAUGGCGUCCCGGUCGGCGUCGGCCGCUCGUUCCCACGACCCGGCCACCUACUUCCGAAGGACCAGACCGUUCCUCGUGGUGGUGAUCGUCGGCGCCAUGCUGUACUACGGCUGUGCUGUCUUGGCCCCUUCCAGAAUCCCCUACGAUGGUCUGGGUCCAUUAGGAAGAUUCACACAAUAUCUGCAGGAGAACCACAAACGUGUUUUCCAUGUAGGAUAUGCGGUGGCUUGGUUACUUCAUAUCGGUGAAGCGUGUUUGAGUAUCUGGUUAUGCAAUAAGAAAGGCAUCACGGACAGCAAGACGCAGCUUCGGUGGUUCGUUCAAACGUUGCUGUGUGGCAUCUUUUCGCUUUAUUUUCUGCUGGUUUACAAGCCACCCAAGAAAAUCCAGUGAAGAAUUAGAACUGGAAAAGGAAGCAGAAAGGGGAUGAUAUUGCCCUUAACACUGAAGGAUCUCUCCGAAUUUUGGCAUUUGAUUGAAAACACCUUUCAUUGUUACCUGGAAAGCCAAAAAAAAAAAAAAAAGAUCUUUGGUUUUGGGGCACCCUGGUGAUAAACUUAUAAGUUGAUAAAGCAGAAAUUACAUUUUAAAUAGGGAAUGAAAAGUUCUCACCUUCUUACAGAAGACUUGCUGUCCAAAGAUAGAUAUUUUAUGGGCUAUAAGACACCUGACUAUAAGACACACCUAAAUUUAGAAGAGGAAAACAAAAAAAAAGUUUUUGGCCUCCAUGGGCCCCAUUUUUAGCCCUUUUUUUCUGGCCUUUUUUGGCCCCUUUCCAGCCAGUUUUCAAGGCUUUUUUUGGCCUAUUUUUGAGGCUUUUUUCAGCCCAUUUUUGAGGCUUUUUUCAGCCCAUUUUUGAGGCUUUUUUCGGCCAAAAAUCUGUCAGCUGACACUUGAUCUGUCAGCCAGAUAGCCUCGAAAAUGGGCCAAAAAAGCCUCAAAAAUGGGGCAUGUGGAAGCCAAAAAAUGGCUGGUGGGUGGGUGGGGCUUCAGCAAUAUUCGCUAUAUGUUUUAAUUAUCGGCCGCAUAGUAAUAGUUCAUUUUAAAUUCUUUUAAUUGUACAUAUUCUGUGUUUUAUUUUGGCUGUACACCGCCCUGAGUCCUUCGGGAGAAGGGCGGUAUAGAAAUUUAAUAAAAUAAAAAUAAAAUAAAAUAAAAUAUAAGAUGCGGAGACAUUUUCACCCCCUUUUGGGAGACAAAAAAGUGUGUCUUAUAAUCCGAAAAAUACAAUAUCUUACAUUUUCUAUUCUGUGUUUAAUAAUAAAAAGAGACCUCAGUGUUAGGGUAAGAGCUGUUACACUGUUAAUUUUGGGAAAUAAUCCUGUUUUCAAUAGAGGUGGUCCUCAACUUACAACAGUUCGCUUACAAUAGCACUGAGAUAAGCGACUUACGUCCAUUUUUCACACGACCGUUGCAGCACUAUGGUCAUGUGAUUUACAUUCAGACUCGCAUUUACCACGGUCACAGUGUCCCCGUGGUCACAUAAUAACCAUUUUUUGUGACCUUUUGAUGAGCGAAGUCAACAGGGGUGGAAACCAGAUUUGCGUAACAACCGUGUUACUAAUUUAAUUACUAAUUUUAUUAAUCAGAUGCUGACUCUCUAAAACCGCUUAGAGUGGGUAAAGCAGUAUAUAAGCCUAAGUGCUAUUGCUAUUAAGAACUGCAGUGGUUCAGUUAGCAAACAUGGCAAGAAAAGUCCUAAAACGGGGCGAAACUUCUCUCAACAAAUUACUCCCUGAGCAACAUGAAUCUGGGGCUCAAUUUUGAUCGUACGUUGAAGACUACCUAUAUGGAUCAGGACAGGGGUCUCCAACCUUGGUCCCUUUAAGACUUGCGGACUUCAACUCCCAGAGUUCCUCAGCCAGCAAAGCUUGAAGUCCACAAGUCUUAAAGGGACCAAGGUUGGAGACCCCUAGAUCAGGACAAUAAUAUUGUUGUCAGAUUGGACAACAGAUUCAGCCUACGAUAGGUGCCUUAUGCUGCUCUGUUAGUAUUUCCUUCACUUGCUACCACAUAUUUGCAUGUAGAGGCCAACAGAGGACAGAGAACAACAAAUAGAAGAAACUGUUCUCUAGAACAGGGGUCUCCAACCUUGGUAACUUUAAGACUUGUGGACUUGUGGACUUCAGCUCCCAGAAUUCCUCAGCCAGCUUUGCUGGCUGAGGGAUUCUGGGAUUUGAAGUCCAUAAAUCUUAAAGUUGUCAAGGUUGGAGACCCCUGCUCUAGAACAGGGGUCUCUAACUCCCGGUCCGUGGACUGGCACCAGGCUGUGGCAUGCUAGCCACCAGGCCGAGCAAAAAAAGGGAAGCCCCAUCCAGAUGACCUGAAAUUUAUACAUUGUUGGGAAAAAAAACACAGCCAGAUUAUCUUGCCUGGCUGGUCCCAGCAGGGUAUUUUUUAAAACUCAGAAAUGAGUUAACCCAUUAAGCGACAUUUCUCACAAUUCUAAUGAAAUGCUCUUUUGUUUUUUAUCAUGGCGCCAAUGAAGCCGCAUGCAAUGUAAAACCACAUUUUUCUCUACCAACUUAUUUAUAUAAUCUGGUUAAUCGGUUUAAACUAUUCAGCUAUUUUUUUUAAAAAAAAUCUCUUACUUAUAGAUAAAGGGGUUCAGCAGCCCCCUCUGAUCCACAGAAAAAUCUCUCUCCAUGGAACCAAUCCCGGGUGCCCAAAAAGUUGGGUGGUCAUUGGGGAGACCCAAAAAAUCAGCCUUAUCUAGGCAGCCUUACCUUUUUACUUUGACCCAAUUUUCCCGCUCUGUUAAUUGGGUUCUUCUUGGGUUUAAUCGUGGUUUUCUUUGAGCCAGGAGUAGGUUCCAUGUUCAAGAGUCCUGUUGGGUACCCAGCAACUUGCAAAUAGUAUAGUUUGCCUUUGCUUCACCUUGCUUGGGAGUAUAUCCUGUCUCUGUCUUGUCUUUUUUGUGUUGACUCACCAAAGUUUUGUAGAGUUCGAAACAGUGGCUCCUAAGAAAAUUAGACAGGGCAGAAGUGUUGCAUUGUUAACAAUUUGCGGCCCUUUGAGACUUUGAAGCAGAACUGUGCUUUUCAAAUGUAUGACAAAGCAAUCUUCAAAUCAGGCCACUGUCUGAAUUUGGUGGUCUAAAGGCAGAAAACCUCUGGGGCAUUGGGUUGGAUGGGGCAGGGUUUAUUUUCAAGGACAUAAGAGGAAAAUAAGCAACAUAAAUGCUCCAACUACAGGUAGUCCUCAACUUACAACCAUAAAUGUGGUGUCAUGGCCACAGCGGAUUCUGGUCAGAGGAGGAGUUGGAAUGAGGAUGGUCCAACAGGGAUGGUACGUCUCCCUGGGAAUGUUUGGAGAGGCCAGUGGGCUGAGGAUGAUGCUGUCCCAGGCCCCUGAGGCAUUGGGGGAGGUGGUUAAUCAGACGGUGGUUGUCCUGUGGACUGUAACUUACUCUGUGAGCUUGCACUUUGUCUUUGGACUUCCUCUCUGCUUUUGCAAAUUGGUUUUGUUGCUUACUUGCUUUUGUUUGUGGGACUGGGUGGCUACCUACAGGAAAGUUUGGGAUGCAGCUUUACCAGCAGUAAUGGGUUACAAAUCCCGGCACUACCGGUUCGCUAUCCGGAGUGUGAGGGUGCGCGCGCUCGCUUUGUGAGCAUGCGGUGCUUCUAGGCAUGCGCAGAAGGUUCUUUGCAUUUUUGAUGACAUCUGGGUGGAUGGAUGGAGCCGCCCGCCGCCGCUACUGGUUCGCCCGAACCAGGGCGAACCGGUAGCAACCCACCACUGCUUACCUGCUUAGGUUGAAGUCACUUUGCUUGGUCGUUCCUCACAGCCCUCCUCAUCCUUGCUGCUCCAGCAACACCAAAUGGGAAAAUGCUUGCUUAACAAUUUUGAUACACAAAAGGACAUCCUCUAUUCAGUUCCUUUGCUAGAGGUGGUUGUGAAGAUCACUGCUUGUGACGUUGCUUUGCUGCGAUCAAAACUCUUGUGUUCCAUUGAAGCUUCUUUCUGUCACCUCUUGAUGUGACGCAAGAGUGUCCCCAAUGCAAAGUGUUAAAGACACUUCAAUGUUGUCUCAAACAUUGUUCAUUUCUGCCGAACUAGUCAUUCUUUUUAAAUUUUGUUGAAACAAUAGAAAUAUUACUUGUAUGUUGUAUGCAUGUUUAAUCUAGGAAUACAUUUGGGUUUAUUGUCAAGCCAUGCUAAAGAAUGCUACUUCUUCAUGUUUUACUUGCAUUGUUUUAUCACUCCAGAAAUGUUAUAAUGAUCUUGAGUUUCUCACGUUCAUUUUCCAAUUAUUGGGUUGUCUGGAGUUGCAAUUUCCCCAAAGGGCCUAGAUUUUUGAGUGUUGAAUAUCUAGAGAGCAUAUGAUAAAAAUGUCAGUUCACUUCUGUAUUUUGGAUGCCUUCUAGUAUUAAUAAAAAAAUCACAAUGCAUCUCCAAAAUAAAACCUGUGAUGACUUUGUUACAAAGGGAAGUGGGAGAACGAUUCCUGUCGCUAUUAGCUGGAUCAUUAAAUUAUAAUGUCAGUUGUCCAAUUAAGAGACUUCAAAAAGAGAACUCCUGAGACAUUGUGCUUCCCAAAAGUAAAACUUUAGUGAAUACACUAUUGGCACAGAAGAAGAGAAACCAGCUCUGGUUUUCUCACACGCAAGCUCACGUAGUUAAACUUGCUUUUUUCCCUUUGGUCAUCCCCCUCAGUUCAAUGCAUUGUCCAAUUACAUCCUCAUCUUUUGUUAUGAGAAUGGCCCGGAUUGUUCAGCCACCUAUGCACUGUGACCUUGGGGGUGGCGGGGGUGGCAGCAGGGUCUCAUGAUCUGCAGACAGAGUUGUCAAACUGAGAGUGAAGAAGCAACUACGUGACAGAGCAAAUCACAUAUAAUGUCAGCUCAUCAAAUUCUACAUAUAUGCGUAGUAGUUAUAUGCAAUCUAACUGGAGAUCAUCAUAAGGCAGAAACUAAUGGAUUAUUGUGAGCAAUAAAAUGGCUAUUUAUACUUCUAUAAAUUUUGUUCCUCUUUUAUACAUGAAGCAUUUGUAUAACAUAAAAAGUUAUAGGGCGUGAUGGGGAGGGCUGUUGUCACAGAUGUGAGACAUGAACUUUGGCUAAACCCUCCCUUAGACUACCCAGGCAUGACCAAAAGUACACGUAUGUAGGAAAGAGAGAGUGAAAUAGCUAAAAAUAUAGCUGUUAUGCUGAUGUGCAGUGGAGUGUCAAGGGUGGUGUGCCAUAAACUCUUGACCGGUCUGUCAAAUUUUGAUAGAAUUAUGAGAUGGAUCAAGGUGGCCAACUUGGUGACCAUCUACUCUACAUCUCACUCUCUUUUGUUUUUAAUGGCCAACAAUUAUGAGAUU